AAUGGAGGAGGCAGCAAGCAGAAGCCCAGGAACAGAAAGGAAAGUAAGAGGGAAGUUUGUUUCUUUGAGCAAGCAGGAGGCCAAAAUGGUGCUGGAAAUGUACGUGAAAAGGAGUUUCAGCAACCGUGAAAGAAGAACAGAGGGGAGACAAAGUGAUAAAAGGGUGCAGAGAUCGCACAGUGACCGCAGCAGAUAUAAACAAAGAGUAAAGAAAAAUAAGAUGCUGAUAUCUACAAAGGCAGACAUUCAAGAAACAAAUAAAAUAGCUAUGGAUGACAAAAAUACAGAAAGUAAUGAAACUGCUAUACAGAAGCUUCAACCAGCAACCAUCGCUAAGGCUAAUAGCGUAAAAAAAACUUCAUGGUUUAAGACCUUUCUGAGUCAUUUUUUUAAAACAGAUGAUAAAGUUUCAGAGCAAAAUGUAACUGUGGUCAAUAAGACGGUUCAAGUCUCUGUGAGCUCUUCCACUGAUGCACAUUUAAUUCAGACUGCCAAAAAAACCAGCUUAAAAAAAAAUAGCAUCCGAAGAGCCCUUUCCUUAAAGAAGAAUGCAUCAGAUGAAGACAAGAAGCCGAAGAGGCCAACCCAUCUGCCAUUGAAGCGUAUCAAUAAGCCAUUACCACUCAAACUAUGUGAAAAGAAUGAGAGCUGUUAUUAUCAGCAAGUGUCUGAAGAGAUUGAGAACCUUGUAAAAGAUAUUGAUAAUCUGGAAAUAGGAACAAGGAAGCCAAGUUUGGGAGAAGAAUUAAACACAGAAGUGUUGGACACUGAAACUGUCAUUAAGAAAAUUGUAUCCAUUCUCCAAAAACAGGGGGAUGUAUAUGAUAGAAAGAUUAAGGAAGACCCUACUCUCAAUAACUUCUUCAGAGACAUCUCCUAUAAUUCAUUCAAGCAGCUUGCAGAUGUCUAUAUUGACAAGGAAGUAAAAACCAGGGGAACAGAUGCAACUCCCGAGGACAUGAAAUUUGCAUUCUCUGUUCAUUUUACAAAACAGGUUGUAGGACUCUCCACUCACCCUGCAAAUAGGAUUAUGGGCUUUGGAAACCAGUAUCUACAAGACACAUUUACAUGGCUCUCCUGCAAUAUGGAUAAUGUGGCUAAUUGUGCUGGUGCAGAUGGAUGUAUCAGCCCUGACUGAGAAGAAUUUUGCUUACUGUACAUAAGGAUAUACCAUGAUGCUGGCACAUGGCAACUACUGUAGAUUUAGUUUCUUUUUUUUUCUCUAGAAAGACUUUACUGCUGGUUCAGUAAUAGAAGAUUUGAUGUAUUUUUGAACUAUAAAUGUUUACAUUAUUUAAUAUUCAUUGUUAUUUCAAUCUUUUUGAAAAAGGAAAAUGCUUUGAAGGACCACUCUGAAAUACAUAAAAAAGUAAACACAACAUUGGCAUAUGUAAACUAGCUUACAAUUACAAUAGGCAAUAUUAAAGGGAUGGUGACACGGACCUUUCAAAAUAAUUACUUCUAUAUAUAAGCAGUUUCAGAAAAAAACACUUAUUACAUCAAGAGCCUUCAUCAAAGUAACUUUUACAUUACUUUUAUAGUAUAUGUGUUUCCUGUAGUAAAUUAUAGGGCUAUUUGGUACUUUUUGGGUAACCUCCCCCACUCUGGUCUACAAGACUUGUGGGCAGGAUGAGUAGUUUGCAGAGAUAAACUGCUGCCCUUUAAGACCUACUGUAUUGUAGCCAUACAGUAUAGUGGAUCACUAAAUGUGGCAUGAAAGCAGCUAUUUAUAGAUGAUGUUGAUUAACAUUGUACUGUAUGUGUUACA